AGUUACCAAUCCACCGUGGGCAGUGUCGGUGGAGAUCAUUUCUGUGUGUGGGUCGGGAACGGACCGACUGAUUUAAAGUGUCUUUUGGUUUUUAAUUAAAAUUCCGAUUUUUCUGCCUUGUUUUCGCAAACAAUACGAGCGAGGGCCUGGGUUGCACCGGGAGCCGGUCCUGGUCGACUCGAUACAACAACGCACUUCACUGAGGAUGAGGGUGAAGGUGGUGGCGGCCGACGCCGAGUUUCAGCCCGAGUUGACCAACGCCGGCUGCAGGUUAACGGUGGUGAAGUUCACCAUGAAAGGAUGUGGACCAUGUGUGAGAAUAGCUCCAACUUUCAGUGCAAUGAGUUCGAAAUACCCACAUGCUGUCUUCUUGGAAGUUGAUGUGCAUCAGUGUCAGCAAACAGCAACAGCCAACAACAUCACAGCAACACCAUCAUUUUUAUUCUUCCGAAAUAAAGUAAGAAUUGAUCAGCUUCAUGGAGCAGAUGCCAACGGAUUGGAAGAGAAAAUUAAACAGCAUCUGGAAAAUGAUCCUGGAAUUGAAGAUCUGGAUAUUCCUAGAGGAUAUAUGGAUUUGAUGCCUUUUAUUAAUAAGGCUGGGUGUGAGUGCCUUAAUGAAAGUGAUGAAUAUGGAUUUGACAAUUGUCUACAAAAAGACACGACAUAUUUGGAAUCUGAUUGUGAUGAACAGCUUCUUGUGACAAUAGCAUUUAACCAGCCAGUCAAGCUUUAUUCAAUGAGACUUCAAGCCCCUGACAAUGGCAGAGGUCCCAAGUUUGUAAAAAUAUUCACCAAUUUGCCACGUUCCUUUGAUUUUGAUGACGCUGAAAGAAGUGAACCAACACAGACCCUGGAGUUAACAUCAGAAGACCUCCAAGAGGAUGGAGUUGUGCCAUUGCGCUAUGUCAAAUUUCAGAAUGUUAAUAGUGUAACACUUUUUAUCAAAUCAAAUCAGGGUGAUGAGGACACCACAAGAAUUAACUACCUUGCGUUUAUUGGAACCCCUGUGCAAACAACAAAUAUGUUGGAUUUCAGACGGAUUGCUGGAAAGAAAGGAGAAAGCCACUAACUGAAUGAAGGAAAGACUGCAUUGUUGAUUGUGUGCUAAUUAGACCACACUGGGCCAAUACUGUUUUCUGGAUUCUUGCAAUAUCAUCAAUACCGUGACUCUUGAUUUGGUCCCCUAAAGUCUCUUGCUUCCAGACUACCAAGCAAAUCAUUGUUCAGUUCAAAAUAUUUUGUGGAUUAUUCUUGAUUGUGAUGAACUGAUUUAAUUAUUUUCUGCACAAUGAAAAUUAGUCAUUCUGGAAGUCAUCUUGGGAUGCACCUGAAAGUUAAAGUUGUGCAAUUAAUCUUACUGUAAAACUAGCCAACCUAAAUGUGGUGAUACUUUCCAGAUCUUCAUGGAUUCCAAUGGUAAGCUGGUAGCUGUUUCCUUUAAAUUGAAGAGCUAUAAACAUGACUGCGUUUGCUGUCUGUUAACUCUAAUGCUAAUAGUCUUGGAUAAUUAAAAUAAUGUUUACCUA